AUGAGCGACCAAAGAAACCAGCCUGAAGUUGUAACUGAGGAAGAACAGAUCCCAACAACAGCUCAGAACGUGAGCGGAGAAACCAAGAACGUGCUGAAGGAUGUGCUGAAGGGAAUGAAUGUGGAAUUAGACGAAGAAGCUCUGAAGUUGGUCAUGGAAGAAGGAGGAAAGGAAUUUGAUAAGAUAUUCACCCAGAUAGCUGCUCAACAAGCUUUACAUCAGGGAAGUAAGAAGUCGAAGAAGUAA